AACCUAGGCUAAUGCAAUGGGCUGACGAUUGAAACCUAACCGAUCUCUGCAUUGACAAAGACCAAAAAGCCCUCUUUAAAUAUCACGAAAAGUUGAAAACCCUCGCCACUCUGCGAAAUCCGUAAAGGGUAGUAUCGUCCAUUGGAUCCCGUUCUGUGCCCUAGCAAGCCAACACCAACACGCGCGAGAUCAGUAUUAUAGCGCAACAAGCAAAGAAUCGGGCCCUCACAGCGGAAUCAGUGUUUGCUUCUUCUCGCAUAUUCUUCCUCCUUCAGAUUUGAGAGAGAAGAAUAAGAGAAUUGGAUAAGACCUUUCGCUCUCGCUUUCGCUGAAUUGAUCCGAGAGAUGGGAGUUCCAGCGUUCUACCGGUGGCUGGCGGAGAAGUAUCCGAUGGUCGUUGUGGACGCAAUCGAAGAGGAACCGGUCGUCAUCGAAGGUGUUCAAAUCCCCGUCGAUACGAGCAAGAAAAACCCUAACGACAUCGAAUACGAUAACCUCUACCUCGACAUGAACGGAAUCAUUCACCCGUGCUUCCAUCCCGAGGAUAGGCCGUCUCCGACGUCGUUCGACGAGGUGUUUGAGUGCAUGUUUGACUACAUCGAUAGGCUAUUCGUCAUGGUGCGGCCGCGGAAGCUGCUCUAUAUGGCUAUUGACGGUGUUGCGCCGAGGGCGAAAAUGAACCAGCAACGGUCUAGGCGGUUUAGGGCUGCGAAAGAUGCAGCUGAUGCGGCUGCCGAAGAAGCAAGGUUAAGGGAGGAAUUUGAGAAGGAGGGCAGAAAGCUUCCUCCUAAAGAAGAGUCGCAAACUUUUGAUUCAAAUGUCAUUACACCUGGAACUGAAUUUAUGGCUGUUUUGUCAAUUGCACUUCAGUACUAUGUACAUCUUAGGUUGAACAAUGACCCUGGUUGGCAAAAUAUUAAGGUUAUUCUUUCUGAUGCAAAUGUUCCUGGUGAAGGGGAGCAUAAGAUUAUGUCCUAUAUCCGCCUGCAGAGAAAUCUUAAAGGUUAUGAUCCAAACACACGUCAUUGCCUAUAUGGUUUGGAUGCUGAUUUGAUUAUGUUGGCAUUGGCUACCCAUGAAAUCCAUUUUUCAAUUCUUAGAGAGAUUGUAUUUACUCCUGGACAAGACAAAUGCUUCCUCUGUGGUCAGAUGGGUCACAUGGCUGCAAACUGUGAAGGAAAGGCAAAAAGGAAGUCAGGAGAGUUUGAUGAAAAAGGAGAGGCUAUUGUGGCCAAAAAGCCCUACCAGUUUCUGAAUAUUUGGACUCUGAGGGAAUAUUUGGAGUAUGAGAUGAGAAUACCUAAUCCUCCUUUCGAGAUUGAUUUUGAAUGCAUUGUGGAUGAUUUUAUCUUCAUGUGUUUUUUUGUUGGAAACGAUUUCCUACCACAUAUGCCUACACUAGAGAUUCGUGAGGGUGCAAUUAACUUGCUGAUAGCAGUAUACAAGAAGGAAUUUAGGGAAUUGGGUGGUUAUUUAACCAAUGGAUGCACGCCAAAUUUGAGCAGGAUAGAGCACUUCAUUCAAGCUGUCGGAUUUUAUGAAGAUAAAAUUUUCCAGAAAAGAGCUCGAUUGCAUCAGCGACAAACGGAGAGAAUAAAGCGGGAAAAGGCACAGGCAAGAAGGGGAGACGAUGUUGAGCCUCAAUUUCAACCAGAGUCUUUGGUUGCAGUUUCACGAUUCCAUGGUUCUCGUCUUGCUUCUGCUCCAACUCCUUCACCAUUUCAACAAUCCGGGCAUUAUAAUUCUCAAGUGUCCUCAUCAGUUAGAAAAGACAAUAAAGAAGCCUUUGAGAGGCCUGGUAAAGUUGCUAGGUUAUCUUCAGGAGCAACUGUUGCUGCUGCUAUUAUUGAAGCUGAGAGUAGUCUUGAAAUAGAUGUUGAAGAUAAUAAAGACGAAUUGAAAACAAAAUUGAAGGAGAUACUUCGAGAGAAAUCUGAUGUAUUCAACUCAAAAGACGCUGGAGAAGACAAGAUUAAGUUGGGAGAACCAGGAUGGAAAGAGAGGUAUUAUGAGGAAAAAUUUUAUGCUAAAUCUCCUGAGGAACUUGAAGCAAUACGGAAAGAUGUUGUCUUGAAAUACACUGAAGGCCUAUGUUGGGUGAUGCACUAUUACUAUGAAGGUGUUUGUUCUUGGAAUUGGUUUUAUCCUUAUCAUUAUGCCCCCUUUGCAUCUGAUCUCAAGGGCCUCAGUGAACUUGAUAUUAACUUUAAGCUGGGUACUCCAUUCAAACCAUUUGACCAGCUUCUAGGGGUCUUUCCUGCUGCAAGCUCUCAUGCACUUCCUGAGCCAUAUAGGAGACUUAUGACAGAUCCAAACUCACCAAUCAUUGAUUUUUAUCCAAUUGACUUUGAAGUGGACAUGAAUGGAAAACGCUUUGCUUGGCAGGGUAUUGCGAAGUUGCCUUUUAUUGAUGAAGCGCGUCUUCUUGCGGAAGUUCACAAAAUUGAAAACUUGUUAACACCAGAGGAAAAGAGACGGAAUGCAAUUAUGUUCGACUUGCUCUUUGUGAAUUCUUGCCAUCCUCUCUCUGCAUGCAUAAGUACACUUGACAACAAGUGUAAAAACAUGCCAAACACUGAACGAGCUGUGGUCAAGGAAAAAAUCGAUCCCAAAGAAAGGGAUACAUGCAGUGGUGGAAUGAAUGGUUACCUAUCCUUAUGUGCUGGAGAACCUUGCCCUCCUAUCUUUAGGUCUCCUGUUGCAAGCAUGGAAGACAUCAUGGACAACCAUGUUAUAUGUGCAAUAUAUAGACUCCCAGAUAUGCAUAAACACAUUGCUCGACCACCACCAGGAGUUAAAUAUCCAAAGAAGACUGUAACAAUUGGGGAUUUAAAACCUGAACCUGUUUUAUGGCAUGAAGAUUCAGGCAGGAGACAUCAUGCUGAAAAUGGGAGGAAAAACCCUCCAGGAGCUAUCUCUGGUCGGGAGCUUGGAGAGGCAGCACGCAGACUCAUUGUCAAUUCCUUACAGGCAAAGGUUGACAGUAAUGGAUACCGACCCCCGCAUAAUGGACCUCCUGUGUCUUAUCCUGCACCAAUGGGUCAUCGACAACCAGUGCAUUCCUAUGGUUAUGACUCACGCCCAGGAUACUUGGCAAUGCCACCUGUUUCAGCUCCCUCACUCCAAAGCAGACCACAGUUUGCUCCUUACAAUGCUGUGCCUACUGCUCAGCAGUAUGGUUAUAAUCAACCGUACCAGCCACCACCUGUGCCAGCAUACAAUCCUCGUCAGCAAUCAAAUUCUUACGAAAGAAAUGACUACCAACACCAUUAUCCAAGAAAUCACCACCAGGGUAGUGGGGGUAGGCAUGGAUAUCAAUCAUCAGGUAAUGCCAAUGCCAGGUUUACGAAUACCCAAGGUGCAUAUGCUAGUCACCAUCAUCACAACCAGAACUUCCAACCAUCUAGAGGUUCUUAUCAGAAUUGGACUCCACGAAACAACCCAAGUGGACACAGGGAACAACAUGGUCAUCAUUCGUCCAAUCAAUAUUCUUUAUUAGAUAGAAGAGGAAACAGGAAUCCAAUGCCACCACCUGGUUAUAGUCGCAAAUAAAUUCAUUUGGUCCAGGGAAUAUGCUCCCUAUGAAUUAAAAAUUGUUGUACCAUAUCUUUUUCUUCAAUUAGUUGAGGUUUGAGAGUUGUACUUGCAUUUUAUGCUAUUGUUUUUGAGACAGUAAUUACCAAUUUUCCAUUGAAUAGAUUAGUGUAUCAAAUUAUAGCCCCUAAAACUCAGGUUUGAUAACAUUUUGUUACUUGAUAGGCUAUUCAAUUGAUCGUGUUUUUCCCCCUGGUUA